UCGGUUUUCUGUCAUAUUUUUACGUUGGGAAAAUGAAAAUUUGAAUUUGAAUCAAACCUGGCAGUUCAAAAACUUUACUAAAAUGAAUUAUUCUGCCGAAUCAACGAUGUUCAACAAAUCGAAACCAUCUGUAGAUGCCUUGGAAAUACGGGAACGAGAUUAUAUAUUUUUGAAGCAAAAAAAUGAUCAACUAGUCAAAGAACUUAUCGAAAUGAGAAGUAACCGUACUAAGUUGAACUUAGAUAUGGAUUAUUUAGUGAAACAAAAGUUUCAUGUUGAACAAAAAUUAAAUCGUAUGGAGAGGAUAGUUUCGAACAUCGAUGCUAGAAGUAGACAAUGUUUGAACAGAAUUAUAGAGUGUUCUACAGAAUUGACAUGUAUUAUAAGUUUAGUAAAUGAGGUUAGAGACCUCAAAAAAGAUCUGGGAUCUAUAAGCGAAGAUACAAGUGAACUUUUAGGUGGAUCGUCUCUAAGGGGAAUGGUAGAUGAUUCCUUGAAAAAUCAUGUGCAAAAUCAAGAAAUUGAAAAAAAUCAGGAAAGUGAAGAAAAUCAAGGAAGUGAGGAAAAUCAAGAAAGUGAUGAAAAUCGAGAAAGUCUACAGAAUUUAGAAGAAACUUCAAUGAAUAAUGAAGAAAACACUCAGGAAGAAGUUGGAAGUUCAAAUGACUUCAUAUCACGAGGUGGAAGAAGCCUUCCAACAGAAUCUGAUUGGGUUAUUGCAGAAUCUGAUAUGGAGCUGGAGGGAAGUUUAGAUAAACAAUGUUCCAUCACAUUUCCUGAGAGGUUGUCUGCAAUUGAAGAGGACCCUGAGUAUUCCUCAUCCGAUCAAGAAGAAGCAGAAAUAAAUGGUUUAAAUUCUAAGGAAAAUUCUACUACCUUUUUCGUGCAACUUCCAAAAACUAAUGUAAAUACCAAAAGAGGAGAACAUUUUUCAAAAACUGACUAUACAGAUUUGUCUACUAAUGUUGAGGCCGAUAGUGAUUUGGAUAAUUCAAAAUCUGAUCAAAGUACAUUUCAAGAUGUUGAUAAAACCACUACUCCACAGAAGACCUCAGAUACAAUUGAUAAGUCUCCCCGGAAAACUACACCGAGAAGGGCAACAUACAUAAAGAGGAAAUCUAUUGGAAGCCCGUGUCCCAAGUCGUUAGAACAGAGAGGUAGCAAAAAACGAAAAUCCUACACGCCGAAAUCAUCUCGAAUUUCAACUUUGGAGCGUAGAAAAUCAAGACAAUCUCCAAUUUUGUCAAGCGGAUUCGAUUCGGUGGAAGGAAGAUCGGAUACGGAUCGUAAUAAUGAAAGCGGCACCAAAAGAAAAAAAACAUUAUCUCGGUUAUCGUUAUUUCCACCUGAACCAGAUUCUUCUAUUUCACCAUCGGGAAAAGGGUUACCAAGAAGAUCAGAAAAUGUUAAAAAAUCGGAUAAUUCUCUAGGUUGUCAUCCUAUUGAGGAAUUGAGUGAAUCGUGA